GCUGCGCUCUUCUUUGUUUAUUUAAACAUUUAAUUUUGUGAUUUUUUGAAUAUUGCACAGAAAUCCACCUGCACCGUUCCCAUUAUCACUGCGACAAAAAAGAGCAAAAAACGUAGGGCGAUGGCCGAAAACCAACAGCAACAACAAAAUAAGUUAUUAUACUUGAAUCCCCUGACAUUGGAAGCGAACUUCUUUUUGGAAACAUUAGAAGAAGUUAAUCGCCAAAAUCAACUUCAACUAGAUCCACAUUUGACGCAUCUACUGGAGCGCAUUGUUGUUGGUAUUGAAACAUUUUUAGACAAGAAGCCUACGUACAUAGUACCCAAGAAAGCGCAACAGGUCUCCCAAGAGCAUCCAAAUAUAACAUCAGAUGCUGGCGGACUAACCUUUGUGCCGCCCAAUGAGUUACUGAAAAUCAAGAGAACAUUUAACUGUACCGCUUGCACGUACCGCAUCGUAGGGACAACAAUUAGCAAAGCAGUGGCACAUCUGGCUGAACAACAUCCGAAUCCGAAUCCGAAUCCUCAUUCUACACAAAAUGGCAACGUUAAUGAACAGCGCCCGAUGACUACGAAGCAAGAGAAAAAACGAGCAGAGGUGGAAGCACGCACCAAGUUGAAUGUAAAUCUGCCGAAAAAGGUUAAGGCCCUGGCACUGGAUGACAUGAGUGACAUGAUUCGCGAUAAGUAUCAGGUUGCGGAUAAGCUGAAAGUAAUGCCCCAGUAUGAUAAGAUUGAAGAGGAUUUAUGUAGGCUGAUUGCGCCCGCGUUUGCUAACGAUCCAGUUCGAAUAUAUAAAUUUGGUUCACGGAUAACUGGCAUUGGAACCCGCUCAUCAGAUUUGGAUGUAUUCAUAGACAUUGGCAACAGUUUUCACCUAUUUGAGCAUCGAGCUGGCAAGAAUACCAUUGCCAAGCUUCGGGUACUGCGGGGAUUGUUCGUAGACAGCGACGACUGGCGUAUAAUUAAUGUAAUCGAACAGGCGCGUGUGCCCAUAAUUAAAACGUGUCAUCUAUCAUCUGGCAUUGAGUGUGAUAUAUGUUUAAAUAGCUUGGGUUUUUGCAACACAACCUUACUCAAAUAUAUAUUCGAGACGCAGCCAUUAGCCCAGUAUAUGUGCAUUUUCUUAAAAACCUGGCUGGAGCGCUGCAGGUUGACAGAACAAAUAACCACAUAUAGCAUGGCCCUAAUGGUUAUCUAUUACUUACAAAGCAGACAGCUACUGCCAUCGAUUGCAUURCUACAGCAGGGGGAAUCAAUGUCUACAAAGCAAUUUGUAGGACCUUGGAUUACGAACUUUCAACAGAAGUCACUCAGUGAACUGGGAAUGCAGCAGAUAGAGGUAACAGUGCCCGUGCUCAAAGAAUAUUUAAAAGAUUUCUUUAAGUUCUAUGCAACGUUCAACUAUGAACGAAAUAUGGUUUGCCCAUAUUUUGGCAAGAAACAUAUACUUAUUUCGCGCAUAGAAAAGGAGAUGCCGAAAAGGUAUGUUGAUUAUGCAAAUCAAAAUCCAGAGUGCGCAUUACAACUUCGGAAGCCAAUGGUUGUUCAAGAUCCGAUACAAUUAAAUCAUAAUGUGACAAAGGCGGUGACGAAAUAUGCGUUACAAAAAUUGAUUGAUUACUGCGAGCAAACAGAGUCGUUACUUUAUAGUAGUGUAUAAACCUUUUUCAUAAAAUCUUUCAAAUUAUUAAAUGCUAAUUGCCGUGAUAGAAUCAA